GAGGCGGCGGCGAUCUCGGGAGGGCCUUUCGUACUUACUCCCGCGCGAUGUUCGGAGCACGCACCGCGUUCUCGGUCUCUUCCGUGCCGCCGGGGUCCCGUCGCGGCUAGGAGCCGCGUUCGGCCGCAGUGUAGUGGCUGCCGCCGCGCGGUAACAGGACGGGGCGGCCGCGCGACGCGUGUUUCCUCGCUUCCUUCUUCCUCUUUUCUCUCGGCGCCGCAUUUCGACGACUACGACGAAGCGCCCGCUUCCCCACAGCCGCCGUCCAUCCGAGCUUCUCGCUCUCCUCUCCUGGAUAUCCUCACCUGGAAACCGGUGAAAGUACUCGGGACUGCGUGCACGCGUCCGUGCGUGCGUGCGUGCGCGCGUCCGAUGAACUCCACGUGGUGCGCGACCUAAGGAUCCGUUCGCUCUCUCUCCCCUGCGUUAGGAGGACGUCCUCUUGCCGGAACGCGCCGAGUCGCCACGCUGAUAGACGAGGGAGAAACAUGAGACCGUUCGUGGGUCCCCUGCUCGGCAGGCUGUUGCCGCUCUUGGUCUCGCUGUUUCUCCUCGCAACCGCGGGCCCCUCCAGAGCCUCCUUCGAGAAACCGGCCGAAUGCCCGCAGAGAUGCGUGUGCUUCCGCGACCUGCUCACCGUGCGGUGCAUACUCCUGAAGCUGAGCCGGGUGCCCCGGGUGGCCGAUAACACCACCGUUCUGGAUCUCCGAUUCAACCACAUCACGGAAGUGCGCCCGGGAACGUUCUACGGGCUCGGCCAGCUAGACACCCUGUUGCUGAAUGACAACCGUAUCCGACAGCUACCGGCGGCCGCCUUCGACGGCGCCCCGAAUCUGCGUGUGCUCUACUUGUACAAAAAUCGCAUCGUCCGCAUAGCGCCGGGCGCUUUCGCCGGGUUGCCGCGGCUCGAGCAGCUCUAUCUGCAUCACAAUCAUCUGCGGGAGAUUCAACCAGGCACGUUCAACGAUUUGCCGGCGUUGGAGCGGCUCUUCCUUCACAAUAACCGGCUGCACCAGCUGCCGGCCGACGCGUUCCUCAACGUCGGCCCGAUGACACGGCUGCGUCUCGACAGCAACGCGCUCGUCUGCGACUGCAACAUGGCCUGGCUGGUCGAACGGAUGCGGGACAAGCACUCGGAGAUGGCGGCGAUCUGCCAAGCCCCUCAAGAUAUGAAGGGCCGUUCACUGACGACGAUGUCGAUCGAGGACUUUCAUUGCACGAAGCCGCGCAUCAUGCAGGGGCCGACGGACGCGAGAGUGCGAGUUGGCGACACGAUUGCGUUCACCUGCCGGGUGACGGGCGAGCCGAGGCCGAAGAUCAAGUGGAUGCGGGACUCGAACGAGGUGGGCGAGGACGGCGAGCGAUACGUGAUCCGCGGAGACGGCACUCUGGUGAUCACCGACGUGACCGAGCAGGACGUAGGCGAGUACGAGUGCGUGGCCAGCAGCGGCAUGGGCUCGACCAAGUCGAGGAAGGCUCGGGCGGUCAUCAUGGUAUCGUCGUCCCUGAGAUUCACCGAGCUGCCGGAAUCGCGCACCGUGACCGCCGGCACCGACGUCACCUUCACCUGCAGAGUCGACGGCAACCCGUUGCCGAGCGUCCGCUGGUGGCGAAACGGCCAGCCGAUCGCCCUCGGCGAGCGGUUCUCGCUCGAGCAGGCCGGCAGCGUGCUGCGCAUCUACGCGGCCAAAGAAACGGACACGGCGAGAUACGUGUGCCGCGCGCAAAACUCCAACGGCUUCGCGGAGACCAGUGCGGACCUGCAGGUCCUCGCCGAGGACUCGAGCGCGCCCCGGCUGACGUACGAGCCGCGGGACAUAGACGCGGAACCGGGCGCCGUGGUGGAGGUGCCCUGCCGGGCCGAGGGCAAGCCGAAACCGGUGAUGCAGUGGAAGAAGGACGGUAGCGCGCUCGAGGCCGGCAGAAUCAAGAUCUCGCGCGGCGGGAGCCUCUAUAUUUACAACGUGAGCUCGACGGACACCGGCAGGUACGAGUGUUCGGCCGUGAACAGUCACGGCCGCGCAACGGGCCAUGCUCUGGUGCGCGUACGGCAACCCGGCGCGACGGACGCGCUCGUCAUACGCGCAUUCCAGGACGCCACCGAGGAGAUCGACCGUGCCAUCAACAAAACGCUGUCGGCCCUCUUCAGCAAAGACCGUUCGGGUAACGCACGGGUCGACCCGUUUCGCGCGGGACGAUUUCCGAACGCGAUCAGCCGCGCUGCCGCCAGGCCCGCGGAGAUCUUCGAAAGGACCCUCGUCAAUAUCCGACGUUUGGUGAACGCCGGCGCUGUGGCGAACGUGACCGGCGAAUUUAACUAUGAAGAGAUAUUGUCGUCCGAGCAGGUGAAGGAUAUCGAGAGGAUGUCCGGAUGCAGCGCCCACCGACGCCUGCAGAACUGCAGCAACAUGUGCUUUCACAACAAAUACCGGACGAUAGACGGUAGCUGCAACAACCUGCGCCACCCCACUUGGGGCUCGUCGCACACGGGAUUCCGGAGGGUGUUGCAGCCCGUUUACGAGAACGGCUUCUCGACGCCAAUCGGUUGGGAGAAGAGCCGGCGAUACUUCGGUUACCCGAAGCCGGCGGCGCGCCUCGUAUCGACCACGCUGAUCUCCACCCACGAGAUCACGUCGGACAACCGGAUCACCCACAUGGUGAUGCAGUGGGGCCAGUUCCUGGACCACGAUCUGGACCACGCGUUGCCGUCGGUGUCGAGCGAAUCUUGGGACGGGAUCGACUGCAAGAAGUCCUGCGACAACGCCGCGCCGUGCUUCCCGAUGGAGGUGCCGGCGGGUGAUCCUCGCAUCAGCAACAGGCGAUGCAUCGACUUCGUGAGAACGAGCGCCGUGUGCGGCUCCGGCGCGACGAGUAUCCUCUGGGGCGGGCUGACACCCCGCGAGCAGCUGAACCAACUGACCAGCUACCUAGACGCGUCGCAGGUCUACGGCUACGACGACGAACUGGCGCGCGACUUGCGCGACUUGAGCACCGAUCGCGGGCUGCUUCGGGAAGGCGCCACGAUCCCCGGGCACAAGCCCCUGCUGCCCUACAUGUCCGGCCAGUUCGUGGACUGUCGCAGGAACCCGCUGGAGAGCUCGAUCAACUGCUUCGUGGCCGGCGACAUCCGCGCGAACGAGCAGGUCGGCCUGUUGGCCAUGCACACUAUAUGGCUGCGCGAGCACAAUCGGAUCGCUCGCGCGCUGCGCGACAUGAAUCCCCACUGGAACGGCGAGAAGCUCUAUCAGGAGGCGAGACGAGUGGUGGGCGCCGAGAUGCAGCACAUCACUUACCGACACUGGCUGCCGCGGAUAUUCGAGGUGGACGAAUCGCUGCCGCCUUACCGUGGCUACAAUCCCAACCUCGACGCCAGCAUAUCCAACAUCUUCGCCACCGCCGCCUUGCGCUUUGGCCAUUCGCUUAUCCAGCCGCGUCUCGAACGGCUGAACGCUUCCUUCCAGCCGAUCCCUCAGGGCGGCCUGAAUUUGCGAGACGCCUUCUUCGCCCCGUGGCGCCUCGUCGAGGAAGGAGGUGUCGACCCGUUGAUCAGGGGCAUGUUCGCUACCGCCGCUAAGCUCAAGCUGCCCGAGCAGAAUCUCAACGUGGAGCUCACCGAGCAACUGUUCCGCACCGCCCACGCGGUCGCCCUCGACCUGGCAGCUAUGAACAUCCAACGGGCGAGGGAGCACGGUAUACCCGGCUACCUGGAGUGGCGGCGUUACUGCAACAUGUCGCACGUGGAGACCUUCGAAGACCUCUCCGGUGAGAUCGGCAACGGCAAGGUGCGGCAGAAGCUGCGCGAACUCUACGGCCAUCCGGGCAACGUAGACGUCUGGGUCGGCGGAAUUCUGGAAGAUCAGCUUCCGGGUGCAAAAGUGGGACCGCUGUUCCGAUGCCUGCUACUGGAGCAGUUCCAGCGCACCCGGGACGGCGACCGGUUCUGGUACGAGAACCCCAGCGUGUUCCGUGCGGAGCAGCUCGCGCAAAUCCAGCAGGCCUCGCUCGCUCGGAUCCUCUGCGACAACGGCGACGACAUCGCUCGCGUGCAACCUGACGUGUUCCUGCUGCCGACCGAUGGCAAUGCCUACGUCGGCUGCGACGAGAUUCCACGUGUGGACUUGAGCAUGUGGGCGGACUGCUGCGACAACUGCCAGGACAGCGGCACCGCCGUCCUCCGAGUGCGCAGAGCGGCCGAGAAGUAUCUCGCUCCCGCAAACGACGCGAGGAAGACGAUGGAACGCGACGAGAAGAUGGAGUACUUGCGCGGGAUGUUCGAGGAAAAUAAUCGGGAAACUAAGAGGCUGAGGGGGCAAGUCGAGGAUUUGACGCGCACGGUGAACGAAUUGAGGUCGUUAUUGCUGGAAGACGUUAGAACGCAACAGUAGAGGAGCGAAUCGUGCGUGUCACGUUUGAAUUGUCGCGUAGGUAGUCCCUCGCACGCUUCUCCUCGUCCUCCCUGCAAUGUCUUACGUUUCUUUUCGUGCAUUUAUUAUUAACUGUAAAUAGACAUUCCCGCGGGAAUAAUGUGAAGUGGCUGAACGUUUCAUUUUCUUUAGUAGCAGCACGGUUAUUAUUGCCGGGUUGCGAUACCGCGACUCGACACGCGGAAUCAUGCGGCGAAGCUUACGUUAAGUUUUAAUUAUUAAUUUUUUCACGGCGACUCCGUAAUGUGAAAAUACACAUGGAAAUACAUGAAUAUUCUAUACCAUUCUUUUUAUUACUAUAUAUAAUUGGCAUAUUUAAUUUACGUCAGUAUGUGAAACAAUGUUGUUAACUCAUCCUUGAAAAUAUAUGGUUCGCUGACCGCGCGCAACGACGUCUUUAUCCUCAUUCUUCGUGAGUUCCACCAUGAUGAAAGCUAAUUUCUUAUUGACAUGUAUAGUCGAAGCGUCGACAGUCACCACUUCACCGGGAAAUGCAGCCUUCAAAAACCUGUGCCAUUAAUCGUUUUACAUUAUAAGCAUUUAUACACAUAUUUUUUAUUAAUAAAGAUGAUUAAGUUACGA